AUGCUUCCGCCACAUCUCGGAUUCCUCAUCCACGUGGUCAUCGAAGUCCCAGCAUGCCUCUCGUUCGCCCUGUUCCCCUCCCGCCAGCUGGGAAUGCACACGCCCCAUGCACAUGCUGUUAUCCGGCAAUAUGCCGCCCUUAUACUGGCCUCGGUCCUGGUGGCAAUGGUAUUCGCCAACCGGCCACCAGAUGAUACUGCUGGCAAGGUCGCGGCAGCACUGGCAGUCUAUCAUGUCGCCCCUUCCAUACGGUCUGCAAACAGAUUGGCCCGACAGGCACGGUUUCGAAAACCAAUCAUCGUUUCUGAGGCAUUUCUUUACCUGGUUGUACAUGUCAUAUGCUUUGCUGCGCUACUCUGUGACGCCUGGAGCGCCCUGUACAUGGAAAGUCACCCUUAG